AUGCUUCGGAGUCUUUCGAUUACUGAUGGUAGGAACCGGGUCUCCAACUUCUGGAUCCCGACUGGUGGCAUCUCGAAGAAGAAUGUCCCAGGUGGUAAAGAGGAUUCGAACGACCUUUUAAUUAGAGGUGGAUUUUUUCGCCAGGUGUAUUCCGGGAUAUUCCACAUGCUUCCUCUAGGGUUGCGCGUGCAAGAUAAGCUAGAGCGUCUCAUUGACAAGCAUAUGCGGUUGCUGGGUGCUUCGAAAGUUUCUUUAUCAUCUAUAUCCGCUCAGGAGCUUUGGGAGCAGUCAGGACGUUUGAAAGAAGGUUCCGAGGUAUUCAAGUUUAUUGAUCGGAAAGAGUCGCGCUUCAUUCUUGCCCCUACUCAUGAAGAAGAAAUUACUACAUUAGUAGGGAGUCUCACUAAGUCAUACCGAGAUCUGCCUUUGCGAGUGUACCAGAUAUCGAGAAAGUAUAGAGAUGAGCCAAGGCCAAGACAAGGUCUGCUUCGUGGACGCGAAUUCAUUAUGAAGGAUCUUUAUACUUUCGAUUAUAGUGUGGAAGAGGCUUUAAAAACGUAUGCCUCCGUGAAAGCCGCCUACACCCAACUCUUUAACGAACUGAAAAUACCUUACCUUGUCGCUGCGGCAGACUCAGGUAAUAUGGGUGGAAGCUUGAGCCAUGAAUUCCAUUUUCCUAGCUCGAAAGGCGAAGACACCGUUAUCAGCUGUACCAACUGUGACAGUGUCUAUAACGAAGAGCUCGCCGAUGGAAAAUCUCAUGACUUAGAGCACGGCUACCAUCUCCAAGCGAGGCAAACAUCUGGGUUCAACACCGAAGGAAUCCCCAUCGACGCAGCACCGACUGUUUCCACAGGCCUCUGGAUGGCGAUCUCCAAAGACAAACAAACAUUGCUACGGGUCUGGUACCCGAAAUUCUCCAUGCAAGGAACUAGCCAGGAACCCGUGGAACGAGAAGUCAAUUCACACGCUGUCAAAUCCGUCGCUGAUUCAGCAGGCCUCGAGCUCGACCUUAGCGUGGAGAACCCCUUGGAACAGUGGGCGUCCCAGAUCAAGUCCGCCACAGGGCCCAGUGGAUCAUCUCCCACCUACAGGCCCAAAGUGCUAGAUCUGUACGACUCACAAGUCCGCGUCUACCAACGUCCUCCACUCAGUGACCUGCUCCAGCAGGUUGACUGUGCAGUAGACGACAUUGACUACUCGAUGCUUGAUCGCUUCCCCGAGACCAACAGUGGACUGAACCUGGUCAAAAUGCAUGACGGAGACCCAUGUUCGAAAUGUACCCAGGGACACCUACAAACUCACAGGGCGGUCGAACUGGGCCACACAUUCCAUCUCGGAACCCGCUACAGCGAUGUCUUCCAGGCAUCCGUCAUGAUUGACCGGUCUGCUACCGGCUCCGAAGGCCAAACCGUCCCCAUGCAGAUGGGAUGUCAUGGAAUCGGCGUCUCUCGCAUGAUCAGCGCAGUAGCAGACAGUCUCGCCGACUCCAAGGGCCUGAACUGGCCAAAGGCUAUGGCCCCUUACGAAGUUAUCGUUAUCCCGGCCAAGGGUCUACACGAGGAAGCUGAGAAAGUAUACGAUCUUCUCACCGCAAACUCAUCUUCCUCCUCUCCCAUCGACAUCAUCCUCGAUGACCGUGACAAGCAGAUGGGAUGGAAACUCGGCGAUGCGGACCUAAUCGGGUACCCGGUGAUCGUGGUGGUCGGCAAAGGAUGGAAGAAGAAGCAAACCCUGGAAGUGCAAUGUCGCCAGAUGGACAAUCUCCGCGAAGAUGUACCGUUAUAUCAACUACCGGAGUUUAUUCAAUCGUUGCUGGACCGGCUGUAA